AUGGCGGAACUUGAAGUAAUAGAAUCCCCCGAUACAAUCGAUAUUCCUAAGCCAAGCGACUUGGUUCAAUAUAAUAUCAUUGAACCAUUUCAAUAUCUUGAAUCUGAUUCAAAAUCAAGAUCAGUGUUAUUAAUCUUAAAUCAAAAUUUAGAUGGGAUAAAUUUCCAGCAAAUAUGGAAUCAUACUGAAUUAAAAAUUUGUGCUGAUGGAGGUGCAAAUCAAUUAUUCAAUAGUUUCCAAUUAGAAGAAGAAAGAUGUAAAUAUAUCCCACAUUUCAUCACUGGAGAUUUUGAUUCAUUGACUGAACCAGUUAAACAAUAUUAUCAAGAAAGAGGUUCAAUUAUUAUCAAACAAGCAACACAGUAUGCCACUGACUUUGACAAGUCACUUCUGCUUUGUAAGUUGUAUUAUCAUUCAUCAGAACUGAGAUCUUCUAUAAUUGUUUCUCAUUCAAAUAUUUCAACAGAUAAUGGACUUGCAGAUUUAGAAAAUGUAUACCAUAUUCAAUCCGAUGAAGCAACUUUACCCAUUCAAAUAUUUGCAUUGGGUGGUAUUGGUGGUAGAUUUGAUCAAACAAUUGGGUCAAUGCAUCAAUUAUAUAAAUUGAGUAUACUGGCACCUUAUCUUCAUAUUUAUUUCAUUACCAAUUCAGACUUGGUACUUUUACUUCCAAGAGGUAAAAAUUAUAUCUCUUAUGCAUCUAGAAAUCUCUGGAACCAGCAGGACCUUGUUCCAGUUUGUGGACUCUUACCCCUUGGCAAUCAAUCGGUAGUAUUAGAUACAUGGGGUUUGAAAUAUGACGUUCGAAAUUAUGAAACUGAUAUGUUUUCAAGAGUUAGCUCAAGCAAUGGUGUAUGUGGAUCCGAUGGUUUCAUAGUACAUUGUACCGAUCCAAUUGUAAUGAAUUUAGUUGUAGAUCAUCAUUCUAUAUAG